UCUCAUUCUUCGUGCUGCAGCAAGUUUCAUGACUUUCCACGAUGACUUUACGAGAUUUUUGCAUGUCAGAACGAAUAUUCCCGACCGUCCUUUUCUUUUCCAUAUCGCUUAGCUUGUUCGAAGUCUCUCAAGGAAGUGAUGAAUGUCGCACGUUACUGUUUGAAUUCUCAGUCGAAGGAAGCGCCUUGUCUGUCGAUCACGUAAUCAGCGUGCAUGUAACAGAAUCGCCAGGGGAUUGUGAAUUAAAGUGUUAUUUAGAGGAUGAUUGUAUGUCGAUCAACACUGGACCAAUGGGGGAUGGAACAUACUACUGUGAAUUGAAUGACUCAGACCAUGUUUUACAUCCUCGAGAUCUCGAAAAUCGGAUAGGCGUUAUUUACAGAUCAGUAAAGAACUUUUGCGCCAGCAGUCCUUGUUCCUCAAAUGAACGCUGUCAAACGGGAUUCACAGAUAAAGGGUACCGAUGUAUAUGUUCUGCGGAGUUUAAAGGAGAAAACUGUUCAAUUGGUAAAGAAAAAUAAAUGAUAAUAUAGCUAUCUGAUCGAUGGCCACCUUAAAUAUUUUGAGGAGUGAACUAGCCCAUUUUAUCGACCGGUACGAAAUGAAAUAAUCAUCUGAAAUGCAAUUGUGCAGGCCGAUUGGUGACAGGAAGUCAAAUGAGUCAGUUGAUGCUUAUUGAAAGGGUUUGUAAGAAGGGAUAUGGGCAAAAUGGUACUAAAACUCAAUUGA